CGUUCGCCAAAAAAAUUUCCUCUCACAUUGUAAAGUUUUAGCUUUGAUCCGCAAAUUUCUUCACCGAAUUGCUUCUUCAAGCUCCGUUCACAGCUGCAAUGUCAUGGUACCGAAGAUCAAAACUUGCGUUCGAUACCUUGCGACGUAACAUAAAUCCGAAGAGUCUACCUCGAUCUCAUGUCCCUUCGAGAAUCAAUCCAGCUGGGUCUUCUAAUCCCACAACUAAUUUUUCUGGGUUCUCUUCAAUUCCUUCGAGAGAACUGGGGUUAAGAUCAUACACAUCUCUUGGGCAAAACUCGAAUAGAAUCGCGUAUAACCCGUUUCUGAGUGUGCCCAAGAGACAUUACUACGUUGAUCGAUACCAAGUUCGUCAUUUCAAGCCACGAGGACCAAGACGAUGGUUUCAAAACCCUAGAGCAGUGUUGACGGUGACGCUGGUUGGUUCUGCUGCUCUGGUCACUUUGUAUUUUGGGAAUUUAGAAACGGUUCCUUACACAAAGAGAACACAUUUCAUUCUAUUGUCGAAAUCUAUGGAGAAAUUACUAGGGGAAAAUCAGUUUGAGGAGAUUAAAAAGCAGUACAAGGGAAAGAUUCUUCCUGCUAUUCAUCCCGAGAGUAUUAGGGUUAGAUUGAUAUCUAAAGAGAUCAUUGAUGCGUUGCAGAGAGGUUUGAGUAAUGAGCGUGUGUGGACUGAUUUAGGGUAUGCUUCUACGGAGACUACUUUGGGUGGUAGUGAUAAGGGAACGAAGGAGACUGCAAUGGCUAUGAGUGGUGAAGAUACAAUGACUGAUAUGAAAUGGUCUAAAGAAGAUCAGGUUCUUGAUGAUAAAUGGAUUCAACAAAGCAGGAAGAAAGAUUUACAUGCUCAUGCUGCCACUUCUCAUCUUGAAGGGCUUAAUUGGGAGGUUCUUGUGGUUAAUCAGCCUGAUGUUAACGCGUUUUGCAUGCCUGGUGGGAAGAUUGUGGUGUUCACUGGCCUGCUUAAUCACUUCAAGUCAGAUGCUGAAGUUGCCACUGUGAUUGGGCAUGAGGUUGGUCAUGCGGUGGCCCGACAUAUAGCUGAGGGAAUAACGAAGAAUUUGUGGUUUGCAAUCCUUCAAUUGGUGCUCUAUCAGUUUGUCAUGCCCGAUCUUGUGAACACGAUGUCUGCCCUUUUCUUGAGGCUUCCUUUCUCCAGAAAGAUGGAGAUGGAAGCGGAUUACAUUGGUUUGUUGUUGCUUGCAUCUGCGGGAUAUGAUCCACGAGUAGCUCCCUCAGUUUAUGAGAAGCUGGGUAAGCUCGGUGGAGACACACUAGGAGACUAUCUAUCAACACAUCCCUCGGGGAAAACGAGAUCAAAGCUUUUGGCUCAAGCCCAUGUGAUGGAAGAAGCACUAAUGAUCUAUAGAGAAGUCCAAUCAGGUCGCCAAGGCAUUGAAGGCUUUCUAUAGCCUUUCUCCACUCAUCUCUCAGCUUGCAUCUGUACGUUAUUUACUCUCCAGCUUUUCUUUUUAUACAUGUUACAUGUUAUGUUAGUAUGUUCUCGUUGAUGCAAUAAAGUGAUUAUGACUGAGACAUAUAGUUGGAAUAUAGAUGAACAUUUUAGACA